AAAAAAAAAAGACAAAACAGAACAGAACACAGAGAGAGAGAGGUGUUUAACUCAAAUCUCCCGUGUCUUUUACGGUCAGUAUCAAUCAUAAUCGGUGACGCGACUUUUCGCCGGAGAAUUAGUCAGAGACACGGCGAACGCGGAGGAAGACGAAGACCGUGGAGAGAGUCUGCCUCUCUCGACCAUGAGGAAUCCUGUUCUUCCUGUUUCCGAUCCUCCUCUCGCCGGAGAGAAUGAUACCGACGGCAAAGGCGUCGACGAUCGGCUUUUCAAAGGAUCCGCCAUGACCAAACGUGGCGCUUACGCUGCUCUCUCUUACAUGGCCUGCGCUGUGAUGCUUGUUCUGUUCAAUAAAGCGGCUCUCUCUUCGUAUCAGUUCCCUUGUGUUAAUGUUAUCACACUCUUUCAGAUGGUGUCUUCUACCUUCUUUCUAUACUCAUUGAGGCGCAAGAAGAUCAUCUCUUUCAUAGCGGCUGAUUCCUUUUCAGGUUCUGGUAGUACCUCAGCUUUUGUGCCUUUGAAGACAUUGUUACACACGCUUCCUCUCUCAAUAGCAUAUCUUAUGUACAUGCUAGCUUCUAUGGCGUCUGUCAGAGGGGUGAAUGUUCCCAUGUACACCACGCUUAGGCGUACCACGGUGGCCUUUACCAUGGUGAUUGAGUAUAUGCUCACAGGUCAGAGAUAUACCCGGUCUAUCAUUGGAAGUGUCGGCGUUAUCAUCUUUGGCGCAUUUUUCGCUGGAGCUAGGGACUUGUCAUUUGACUUUUAUGGAUAUGGUGUUGUUUUCUUAGCCAACAUAACAACAGCAGUAUAUCUAGCAACCAUCGCCCGGAUUGGGAAAUCAAGUGGCUUGAAUAGCUUUGGCCUUAUGUGGUGCAAUGGGAUUAUAUGUGGACCUAUAUUGAUGAUUUGGACAUUUAUGAGUGGUGACUUGGAGAAGACAAUUAGUUUUCCUUACCUCUUUUCUCCCGGUUUCAUGGUUGUGUUACUCUGCUCGUGUGUGCUGGCUUUCUUCUUAAACUACAGCAUUUUUCUUAACACCACUCUCAACUCGGCUCUCACGCAGACAAUUUGUGGCAAUAUGAAGGAUUUAUUUACGGUUGGACUAGGCUGGAUGGUGUUUGGAGGACUCCCAUUCGACUUGAUGAAUGUGAUUGGACAGCUUCUUGGUUUCUUAGGCUCUGGUUUAUAUGCAUAUUAUAAGAUCAUUGGGAAGUAGAAACAAAGAAGAGCUAAUAAAAUAACAGGAUUGGCCAUCAUAAAGGCUCGAUGAGAAAGAAACUAAGGGAAGCCUUAGUUCAAGGAGAAGUUGAUGAUAACCAGUGAUGUUCCAACUUUGGUUUUUGCAGGUGAAGUAGACUAGUAUUAAUUAAACAAUAAUGCGAUGCCUCAUUUUUCGAACUUGUGAUACUCAAUCAAGAAGGGCCAACUUUUUUUUCUUUUUCUUUGGGACUUAUUUACUCUUUUGUCAUUUUUCUUGUUUCUUUCCUUUUGUAUAUAAAACCAUAGACAAGUAAUGACUCAGUUUUCUUUGACUCUAA